AUGAGCAAAAUCACCAAGCCCAAGAGCGCCCUGAAGGGCUCCAAAUCCGACAAGAAGCAGGUCAAGAUGGCCGCGGAGGCCGUGGAGAAAAUUGUGGCCGAAAAGCCCGUCGAGGAGACCCCAGCCGACCUGUCCAAGACGAUUGUGAGCACCUCCUCUUCCACGUCGUCAGUUGAUCCUGCUUUUCGAAUCGUGACAGGUUCCUACGAACACAAUCUCUUUUGUGUUUCUCUCCUGCUGGGCACCUCGCCUGUUUUUUCGCCCAUUUUCCAUUUUACUCCUCACAUUCAGUCCAUCAAGUGUCUGGCCACCUCUGGACGGUAUCUUGUGUCCGGAUCGGCUGACGAGAACAUUCGAAUCUACGAUCUUCAGAAGCGAAAAGAGCUCGGCACACUGACCCAUCACUCGGGAACCAUCACUGCUCUCGAGUUCUACAAGAGAAAGUGGCUGUUGACUGCCGGAGAAGACGGAAAGAUCUUUGUGCUGCGAACCAAGGACUGGGAGGUGCUGGCAGAGCUCAAGGGACACGCUCGAGCCGCCGUGGGCAAGGCCAAGGUCGGUGUUGUCGACAUUUCUGUUCACCCCACCGGCCGACUGGCUCUGUCGGUUGGACAGGACCGAAAGCUGAUUCUGUGGAACCUCAUGACCGCCAAGAAGGCCUCUGUCAUGGCUUGCUACCCCGACGUGCUCAAGGUGGCGUGGAACCUGGCUGGAGAUCGUUACGCAGUUACCUACACCACGUCCAUCUCCUUCUUUUCGCCCGAGACCGGCAAACUCAUUGGAGCCAUCAGAUCGCCCAAGGAUGGUCUGUACCACUCCGAGUACGUGUCCAUCGACGGAAAGGAAUAUUUUGCCUUCUCCAACUCGCGAGGCGUGAUCCGGUUUGUGGACACCAACGAGUUCGAGGGCAAGACCAACGACACAAAGAACGAGUUCAAGACGGAGGACGAAGACAUUGAUACCAUCUCCUUCAAGGUCCAGCCCCACGCUACCCGAGUCAAGGACUUUUCCUUCCUCAUCCCCGAUAAUGUUCCCGAGGCCGAUCGACACGUCUACAUGACCUCGGUUUCCACCGACUCCAAGCUUGUCAUCACCGAUAUGAACACUCGAGAGACUGUGGGUGCCUACAACACCGGAGACCGACUUAACUGUUGUGUCAUGGUCCAGGAGGACGUGGAGAUGGAGAUUAAGAAGGCCUUGCCCAUUCCCGAGAGCGAUCACGACAUGUCUGCUUCCGAGUCUGAGGUCGAGAUGCCCCAGCCCUCCAAGAAGCAGCAGAAGAAGGCUGCCAAGGCUGCUCGAAAGAACAAAAAGGUGAAGGUGACUAUUGAGAAGGAUAACUAG